AUGGGACACCAGAGCGCAACCCUGAAGCAGCUGCAGGACGAGCUGCUGCAGCUGAAGCAGCAGGUGCCGGGGCUGCAGCUGAAAAAGAGCACGGUGACCCAGUCGCCCGCAGCGCCCUUCCCGCUCACCUGCCGCGCUGAGGUGGCUCGGCCGCCAGACGCCGAGCGGUACGACGUCUCCUCGUUCAACCUGCUGGCGCGCCUUAGCCACGACGUCCUGUCGGCGCCGCUGACGCCCGGGGCAGUGGAGGUGGAGGUGGCCGGCGACGAGCUGCCACGCGAGCUGCGGCAGGCGAUGGCGGAGAGGCUGCACAGCGUGUGGGCGGCCUCGGGCCCAGGCGAGCACCCCUACCAGAGCGAGGACGCCGCCGGAUCCACCGUGCGCCGCUGGGCGGUGCUCAGCGACCAAGCCAGCAUAACUAUUGAUGCCUCUGGCCACCCAGCAUCCGCCCCAAAGGCGGCUCUGGCAGCAGCAGCAGGGGCAGUGCUAGCUCACAGCCGCGGCAAGAGCAGCGCCGGGCAGCAGCAGGAGCAACGCCAGCCGGCAGCCCCGGCAGGAGCAGCAGCCGGAGCGCAGGCGGGGAGCGCUGCGCUGCCGCGAGCGGUGGCUCAAGAGCUCGAGUUUCUGGCGAAGCGCCACGGGCUCAGGCAGGUGCCUGUGCAGCACGCAGCGGGGGCUGGCGCGUCUCCUGCCUCGGCAGCAGGCAAUCAGCUAGCAGGCCUGUGCAUCUCGCCAGCCCAUGCAGAGGCGACCUCGGCACCGGCCUCGGCAGGAACUGGGGCGCCGGCAGCGGCCCAGGCAGAGGGCGUGGUGGCGGCAUUCGAGCUUGAGCUUCGCCCCACCGACCCCGCCUGGCCGGCUGUGUACCCGCUGCUGCUGCACGGCCGGCUGUCAGCUGGCUUCCCGCAGGCCGGAUGCCUGGUCCUGCAGGUCAGCCCGCAGCAGCAGCCCCCGCUGCCUCUGCUGCAGCGCCAGGUGCUGGAUAAGCUGCUGGCGGCAGAGGUGGCGGCGGCGGCCGGCAGGCCGGGGGCCCUGAGGAACGUGGUGCGGCAGGUGGAGAACCACGCAGGGAGGCUGUGGCAGCAGGCGGAGGACAUAGCUGCCGAGGUGGCGCGGCGGCGGCGCCAGCAGCCAGCCCAGCAGGCGCUGCAGCAGGAGGGGCCGCAGCAGGGGCAGCGGCAGGGUGCUGGCAGCACUGGAAGCAGUACCAGCGGCAGCGAGGCGGGCAGCACCUCUGAGUACGAGAAUGAUGGAUAUGGCAGCGAGAGCGCCAGCGGCGGCAGCGGCAGCUCGGAAGGGGAAGGCGCAGGCGCGCAGGAGGGCGCCGCUGGCGGCGGCGGUGGCGGCGGGCACAGCGAUGCGGUCCUGCCCGUGCAGCUGCAGCUGGAGUCCCUCCAGCUGGAUGGCUGCGAUGCACUGGAGCUGCUGCGCCUCAACCUGCAGCUCACCUGCAGCCGGUGCAAGGCCAGCGGGGAGCUGAGCUGUGCCACGGCGGCGGUGGCGCUGCCCUCUGAUGGCGGCGGCAGCGGGGGGGGCAGGGGCGGCGGCAAGGCCGGGGGCAGCGGCACCCUGGUGGCGGCGGCAGAGUGUGGCACGUGCCACGCGGGAUGGGAGGUGGAGGUGGCGCCCAAGCUGCUGCACGAGCGCAGCAACGUGCUGGCACACGUGCGCUGCCGGGGCUGCACCCCCGCCGACCUGCUGCCCUCCAUGCUGGCGGGGCAGUGCGGCUCCUGCGCCUCCAGCGCCGCCUUCCGCAGCGUGGCGGUGGGGCGCUGGAACGAGCGCGCCUGCAGCUCCUGCCACAGCCCCAUGCGCUUCCAGUUCUCCACGGCUCUCUUUGUGCCGCAUAGGCAGGGCGGCAGGCAGCAGCAGGGUGGAGCAAGCGGCCAGCAGCCAGGCGCGGGGCAGGGCCUGGCGCGGCCUGGCUCUGCCGCGGCGGCGGCUGCCACCUACAAUGGGCUGCUGCAGCGCGGCCAGCCGCUUCCCGACAGAGGGACUUGCAAGCACUACAGGCAAGCAGUCACGCAUGUGCCUGGAGAUGCCAUGGCCUCGCACAGCUACCGCUGGUUGCGAUUCCCCUGCUGCGGCCGCCGCUUCCCGUGUGACCUGUGCCACGAGGAGAAUACAGAUGGGCACGAGAUGAAGUGGGCCACAAGCAUGGUGUGCGGCUACUGCUGCCUGGAGCAGCCGGUGGCGCCGCAGUGCAAGGGGUGCAGCAAGAAGCUGGCCACCAGCGCAUCGGCGCCCUCUGGCCGCCACACUCGCUUCUGGGAGGGCGGCAAGGGUCAGCGCGACCCCAGCAAGCUGCACAAGGAUGACCCGCGGCGGUACCGCAGCAAGUUCAAGACGCGCAGCGCGAAGAGCAAGCGGGUGGGCCAGGAGGCCAAGGCGCGUCGGGAGCGGGAGCAGCAGGCUUAG